AGGUGACAGAGAGGAGGGAUCAUUCCACCAUUGAGACAAUUGCCAUAUGACUCAGCCAACUCUCUACCAGUAACCGGGCAACAGCAGAACACACAUACAACAAAACUGCUUGAUUUCAUUUGAUACUUCAUCACCAGUCCCUUGCCAUGGACAUUCACACCUUUCAAGCCAAGGAACUUAUACUCUGACAGACAAAUGUCAGUACAAAACAUCUACACAUGAUGUAAUCCCCUCCAUUCCCUCAAACUGCUCUGAUACUGAGACUUUGGCACAAGCCCAAACCUUACCAAAGCCCAGUGACAGGAUAUGGGACUAGCUUGACUUGUUUUCUAUGUAUUACCAGAAAUAGAACUGUGCUGCUGAUGGUGUUGUUGGACAUACAGUACCUGACAGCAGUUAUUACAUGGUAAACACAGAAGACUCAUAACUCAUACGGAUCUAACUUGAAGAAAAUCAUGGAAGCUACGUGUUUUUGGUGGUCCUCUGCAAUCUUGCUCGUGAUUCAGCUUUUUGCUUCAGCUUUGGAGAUGGAUAUAACUGAAUAUGACAAUCAACACGUCACAUGCUCAAAGGGCCUCUCCAACUGCACAUUGAAAGAUGUAAACCUUCUGGAUGAAGAGUGUCCUGUGACUGACCUGGGUCUGAAGGUAAAGCCUGGUCUGAAGGUGAAGCCUGUGCUGUGCUGCAGUAGAGGCACCAGAUGCCAACCCUGCCUACGCGUUCACAUUGACCUCCAGUCCAGAAACCAUCAGACAGCGUCAUAUGUCGUGGUCUGUCACAGAGUACCACAGGUCACUCUACCGCUGUGCAGGAAGCUGAAGUUCACAGUGACCCCUGCUGCUCUGGAGCGGGAAGGUCCAACCUCGCAAUGGCUGUCACUGCUGCUCAUGGAUGAGUUGGUGACUUUCACCAGUCAGGUGACUGUGAAUGUAUGCUCCCAGCAAUACAGCGUUCAUCUUCCCUCAAAGGAAGAAGUGUGCUCCUCUGAAAGACUACAGGCAAUUGUAGAGGAGUGUCAAAUCCCCAAAGUCAACAUUGUGUCUGAUCCGCAAACGCGUGAGAUGAUUAUCAAAGUGGAAAAGGAAGAGGACAGCCCCUAUCCAGUAGAAAUGUGUCUACAGCAUGAAAAAAAUGGAGUGUGCAAGACUUGGAAGGAGAAGACUAUUCCAUUUCACUCUGUCACCCCCUGCAUGUGCUUCCAGGUGUGGUUCGACAGAGGCGACAACGACAGGUCUAAUCGAGUCCAAAUCUGCCCCUUCACUAACAACACCGAGUGGUACCAGAGAAAUGUGUGGGACAACGUGUCAGUGACUGUGGUGCAGGGCCAGAUGAACAGUGGUGGGACCAUGUUGUCCUGGAACCUGACUGCCCCCUGUAGGUUGGAGGGAGUGGUGCGGCUCUGCCAGUGGGAUGCAGUUCUAGACAAAGUCAGGUGCAACAAACUGAAAGGCAGUGAACAACCUAUGGAAAAUGACACAUGGAAGGAACAUGACAAAUACUGGCUUUUUCUCGGUGCGUUUGAAAACAUCAAUACUGACCUUGAUCAGUGUGUGUUGGUAACCGUGGAAAACAGAGAGUUUGGCCCUUUCUGUCCCGCUGACACCAGCUGGUGGCACUGGCGUUGGAGCCUGCUGGUCCUGGUCUCCCUGAUGCUGUUUGGACUAGCAGCAAUUUGUCUCUAUUUUCUACACGGCAAACUUAAACGGUUGGCAUGGCAAUGGCACCAGAGGAAGUGCAAUCAGAUUUACAGGGGUCGCGUGGUACUUCUGAGCCCGCCUGAGACAAACACCUCGGUUUCGGAGCUGGUGUGUCGGCUGGGCUCCACCCUGUCUGCCCGGGGCCACAGCGUGUCCGUGGACAUGUGGAGUCGGGCUGAGCUGUGCUCCCUGGGGCCCCUGCCCUGGUUGCACUCCCAGCUGCAGCCCCUGGACAGCCAGCGCGCCCGGGCCAUUCUGGUGCUGACGCGGUCGGCCUGGCAGAAGGCAGAGGACUGGGCUCAACAGUUGGACCGGCAGGGAAGAGGCAUGGACCAGGGAGGGCAGGGCGCUGAGCGGGUGGAGGGGGAGGGCGAUUGGCUUCUCCGGGACCCGUCCUCUCCCUACGCCGACGUGUUCAGUGCCGCUCUGGGCUGUGUUGAGGCGGACCGCCUCCAGGGCCGAGCCGGAGAACGCUUCCUGCUGGUGCAGUUUGAGGCCCAUCCUGCCAUGCCCGACGGUGGUAAAAAGGGGUUCCCGCAGCUGUUCCAAGGACUGCCCGUGUUUGACCUGCCCUCCCAGAGCCAGGCGCUCUUCUCUGCACUGGCCAUAGGGCCCAGAUGACCCUGGGCUGUAUGUAGUGAAUGCUUAAUGGACGCUACAAAGGGACUGUGGAGGACUCCAAGGUUUGAGGGGAGACCCACUGGAGUGCCUGACGGAGCAGCUUCGAUUAGCUUCUGUAAUAAGCUGUCCCAGAAAUGCGUUUGGAGCCACAUCCUAUAACAUUUUGGAUAUGAUCAGCCUACUGGCCGACAUCCUGAAAUACGUGGCUCUUAUUGCAAAGAGCAGCCAGCUGAGCACAAUUUAGUAAUGUUGUACUCCUGAAGAAGUUUCAGCAUCCAUCUGCAAAAUGUUGCUACAUGUUUGGUACUUUGGGACGCAGCUGCUACAAAGACGUCCGGGUUAACAAGAAAGAAACAAUGCAGUUUCCUCAUCAAUUGUAUAAUUACAGUUCCAUGAGGACAGACUUCAAAGAUCAUCAAAAAUACAUGUUUUAUAGUGCCUACUAGGGGUGUGCAAAGCAGCCAGUAUUUGUAUCUGUAUUUGUUAAGGGGGAAAAAGUAUUUGUAUUCGUAAAAAUUCCGGGGGGUUUUUUGCGUUACACUUCUAAUUUACGUUAGAGUGUAAGUAUUCUUUAAUUAAAUCUAUUAUAAUAAUUAUGGAUAUGGAAAUAUUUGUUGAUAUUUUU